GAGUCCAGGACCGAUGACUUUGGUCUCUAACUUCUUCUCAGAAAACGAUCCGGACUCCGCUUGCCGCUCGUUCUCGCAGCUCCUCGCAGGAGCUAUGGCAUCGCCGGCGGCGAUUUCAGCUCAGAGACCGAGUUUUUCGGCUCUCUCGGCGGCGGAGAAUGGUUCAAUGAAGAAUAAGGAGGCUAUUGAUGGUGGUGGAGAGGAUGAUUUUCGGUUGAAUCGACCGUCCGGUUUGGUGAUCGCACAGCCGCCGAUGUUUACCAUACCUCCUGGUCUGAGUCCUGCUACCUUGCUUGAUUCGCCGGGUUUUUUGUCCUCCGGUCAGGCCCCAUUUGGGAUGUCCCACCAGCAAACACUGGCUCAGGUUACAGCUCAGGCUGUGCAAGCUCACACACAAACGCAAAUUCAAACUGAAUACACAUCUUUAUCAGCAGCUCCUGCUGCAUCACUGCCACAGAUUCCCUCAUUUACUUCCAAUACUGCCACACACCAGCAGAUGCCACAACCAAUGCAAGAACAUAAUGUUGUGAAGGAACCAUCAGAUUUCUCUCAUUCUGAUCAGAGGCCCCAUCCUUCCUUUGCUAUUGGCAAACCUGCUGACGAUGGUUACAACUGGCGGAAAUAUGGACAGAAGCAGGUGAAGGGUAGUGAAUAUCCUCGAAGCUAUUACAAAUGUACACAUCCUAAAUGCUCAGUCAAGAAGCAGGUUGAACGGUCUGUGGACGGACAAGUGACUGAGAUUAUCUAUAAGGGCCAGCAUAAUCAUCAGCCGCCUCAAUCCAAUAAGCGUGUAAAAGAUACUGGAAACCCAAGUAACUCUGAAUUGGGUUCCGAAGCUCAUGCUGGGAACUUGAACAAAUCUAAGGAAGUGGUGUCUUCAUAUUCAUUGUCGAUGAAGGAUCAGGAAUCUAGCCAAGCUGCACCUGAACAAUUGUCUGGCUUGAGUGACAGCGAGGAAGUGGUUGAUGCUGAAACAAAAGUAGAUGAAAGGGAUGAAGAUGAACCUGAAUCAAAGAGAAGGUUUUCUUGUUUACCUAAUUGUGAAGGAUUCCAUCAUGUGAUAUUUUUAAUAUAUCCAAUUAUCUUGAUUGCUGUCAUUAUACAUGCACAUUGUGCAGGAACUUAGAGGUCAAGAUUUCAGAACCAGCUUCAUCCCAGCGGACAGUUACAGAACCUAGGAUCAUAGUUCAAACAACCAGCGAAGUUGAUCUUUUAGAUGAUGGCUAUAGGUGGCGCAAGUAUGGUCAGAAGGUUGUUAAAGGAAAUCCGUAUCCAAGGAGCUAUUAUAAGUGCACAAACCCAGGAUGCAAGGUCAGAAAACAUGUUGAGAGAGCUGCAAGUGACCCGAAGGCUGUUGUAACAACCUACGAAGGAAAACAUAAUCAUGAUGUACCAGCUGCUCGAAACAGUAGCCACAACACAACCAACAAUAUCGUGUCACAACCAAAGCCUCAUAAUGCUGUAGCUGAUAAGCAUGCAUUAUAUAGAAGACCAGAAUUUGGGAUCAACGAGCAACAGCCUAUACCAUUGCGGUUUAAAGAAGAACAGAUUACAUAGAUUCUUUGAGUUUCAAACAUGGAAAGAGAAAGAGGGCAGUCAGAGAACGCUAAAGAAAAUUGCCAUGAAUCUCACACGGAAGCUUGAUCUUUCUGUUAGGAUCUACUUUCAUGCUUGAGUGCAAAAUUAUGGUCCACGGUCAUCUAUACUACUGCAAAAAUACAAGAGAAACAGGGAAACAGAGGUGAGUGUACACCAAAAUGUUGUCAGUAGGUACAAGCUAGCAUUGAAUUGAACAGAAAUUGAUUGUAAAUUAACUUAACAGGGCAUAGAGUUUGUACUGUUAUAAUCUUAUAAUUGUGUUUAUUCUUUUGUAAAACCCAAUACUGAUGAUUGUUUUCUGCUGCAUAUGGAAUCACA